AUGGGAGAGCUAAAGAACAGACCUCAAGGGAGAUUGCCCAGCUCAAUUGAGCUUCCACGCAAUCCAGGGAUUACAGGGAAAGAACACUGCCAAGCAGUCACCCUAAGAAGUGGAAAAGUGAUGGCAGAAGUCAGGAAGGAUUCUAGCAAGACCAAUUCAAAGGAGAAACCUACGAUUGAAUCAAAGAAACCGUUGUCACAAACUGAGUCAAAGGAGCCCAAGACUAUGGAACUUGAAGAUGCAAUCACCUCUAAGCCUCCAGACCAUGGAACAAUGAAAGUACAGCUACCUUUAUUCCCUCAAAGACUGAAAAGAAGCAAAACGAUGAAAGUCAGACAGCUAACACCCACAACGGUGACUCUCCAACUUGCAGAUAGGUCCCUGGUACACCCUGAAGGAAAAUUGAAAGAUGUCUUGGUCACAAAAGACAAAUUCAUUCUACCUGUAGACAUCAUCAUUCUAGAUUAUGAAGCGGAUAAAGACAUGCCAAUCACAUUGGGACGACCAUUCUUAUCCACUAGUCUUGCUCAAAUAGAUGUGCAUAAAGGAGAAAUCACAAUGAGCAUCAAUGGAAAGAAGCUCAGGUUUAAUAUUAUCAAGGUAAUGAAGUUCCCAGAAGAUGAAGGCUUGAACAAGCUUUCGUUGAAGAUUGAGAAUCCAAGGAAGAAAAUUAAGAAAGAGAGGAUGUGA